GAGCAAGGAACUUUGCCGAACAUCCGGGGCAUUAUUCGCUGCUCUGUUCAUUCGGCACACAAGGCGCUGGAGAAUUGUUUGGAGAAAGAGGCUCGAAUUUCUGAUAUCCUGCAGAAGCUGGUCACGGCUUACGGCAGCCCGGGGUCGAGCGAGGACAACGGAAGUGGCGGCCUUGCACGGGCCAUCACCAACAGCCUGAAGCUGCAGCAUUUGUUGUCUGAGGAGGUGGCUCGGGAGACCGACAAGACGGUGUCGAAACUUCGCUAUGCGAAGCAACGCUUCGGCACGAUUGCUGACGUGUGUGGGCACUUGGUGCGACACGUGAAGCCACUCGUCAGGGUUCUGUCGGCGUUGGAGUCGGACUGGGCCCGUUCUGUCCUUGCGUUUUUUUCGCCGAGCAAUUUGCUUCUGCUGGCGUUGGUUGCAGAAUUUUCUGCAGCAGCUCUUCGCUUUAUUCGCAGCUGGGAUGGCUGCGAUGGCAUUCGCGGUGUCGCUAAACUCGCGACGUCCGUCGACAUGCUCGAGGGCGAGUUGCGUCACCUCUUUGCCUACAGAGACUCUGCAAACAAUCUGCGAGAGCCUUUUGCGAUGUCGGAGAAAUUUUCCGCUGGAUUUGUUCAGUACGACUUUGAAGCUCCUGCAGAGGCACAUGUGCGACAUGGACGACUGGUGUUUUACAAGCAGAGCGCCGGCAGUCGAGAGGUGAGCUUGAUGCUGUGCGCGUCGGCAUCGAGCAGCGUGAUAGAGCAGCAUUUCUCAUUCCUUGAAAUGUUCUCCCGGGGUCGGAAGUCGAACACAUCCACUGACAACUUGAUGCACCUCAUGAAGUGCAGGCUCGAUGGUCCACGGCCCGAGGACGUGGCUUACCGAGUGCGUGUGGAUGGAGCCUUGACGGUCGUCGGCACAGCACGGUGUCGAUUGAUUCAAAAAGCAUACGCGGGCAUGUUCGGCGUCGCCAAGAAAGGCUCUGGAACUGGACUUCCUCGGCGGGUGACGAAGAGGAAGCUGCGACCGGAGUCGGUGGCUGGUCAGAAACGCCUUCGGGAGUCGCAGAUCCAGGAGUCCAAGGGGGUCAGGCCCGUCGGAGUCGAAGAUGAUUCCAGGCAGGAGGAGUUGAAGAAGUUGGAGUCGAUAACCGUGGAUGCGGCUAAGAAGCGUUUCGGCAAAAAGCAAGAAUCUUAUGCAUUGACGCUGCAGCAGUAUGCCGAUGCCAAGAGGAAACAGGCAGCAGAGGAUGCUGGACCAGCGGACCCGGCGUCGUCCAGCGGCCAAAAACUUGCAGCUCAUCUUGCAGAGAACGAGAAGGCAGCUAAGGCUUUGCGAGACUUGGAGAAGCGAUCCUUGAGCGUCGUCGUCGACAAGCCUGCACUUCCGCACGGAAGCAUUGUGGUUGCUACCAGUGCAGAUGCUGCGGAGUCGAUUCGUCGCUUGAAUGGCACCCUGCGGUUGUGGCCCGUCGGCUCCGGCGAUUGCAAGGUUGUGGCCAAAUCCUUGCUUCGGAGUCUAAAGCCAAUUAUUUGGCUCUGCUCGAACAGUGAUGAGGAGCAGCAAAUGUUUUUCCCGCUGCAGACCUACACCACGUUUACAGCCUGCUGUCGGCUGUUGGGCGGAUGGGUGGCCACACCAUAUUGGCUGAAGUUGGCGGUGUCGGAAGGUCGCAUGCUUCAGCCUCUCGUUCGUUUGCAGCGAGGGUUGGAAAUUUCCUUCGAGCUGCACUUCGACAAGUCUUUGGAGUCGGAGUCGGGAAGCACGCCAGAGUCAACUGCAGUAGCCAUUGCCUAUCGAGCCGCCGAAGAAGAAGACAUACCGACCAAGUGGACGGUGCGGAAGAAAACAAAGCAUUUGACUCUUCGUACUAUAAUUUAA